AAGCUGGCUCCUAACCCACCUUUCAGUUGACUGAGCACUGAGGGAAACAGUGUCCCCAAAAGCGCCAAGAUGCAGCCAUGGCUCUGGCUGGUCUUCAGUAUGAAGCUGGCAGCUCUCUGGAGCAGCUCUGCCCUCAUUCAGACCCCUUCAUACCUGCUGGUUCAAACCAACCAUACGGCAAAGAUGUCCUGUGAGGUUAAAAGCUUCCCUAAGUUAACAAGCAUCUACUGGCUGCGGGAGCGCCAGGACCCCACCAAGGACAAGUACUUUGAGUUCUUGGCCUCCUGGAGUUCUUCCAAAGGAGUUUUGUAUGGUGAAAAAGUGGAAAAGAAGAAAAAUAUAAUUCUUGAGUCUUCAGACUCAAGCCGGCCCUUUCUCAGUAUCACGAAUGUGAAGCCAGAGGACAGUGACUUCUACUUCUGCGCGAUGGUUGGGAGUCCCAAGAUGGUCUUUGGGACAGGGACGAAGCUGACUGUGGUUGAUGUCCUUCCUACAACUGCCCCAACCAAGAAGACGACCCUGAAGAUGAAGAAGAAGCAAUGCCCGUUCCCCCACCCAGAGACCCAGAAGGGCCUGACAUGCAGCCUUACUACCCUCAGCCUGCUGGUAGCCUGCAUCCUGGUUCUGCUGGCAUCCCUCGGAGUGGCCAUCCACUUUUACUGUGUGCGGAGGAGAGCCCGAAUUCGCUUCAUGAAACAGUUUCACAAAUGAUCAGCGCCCACAACACUGAUAGCCCGCUAGCAAUAAAAGGACUAUAACUCAAUCAAAGCAAGAUUUGGACUAGUGAGAGACAGUGCAUUCAGGACUGGAGAGGCCCUUGCCCUUGCUCAAGCUGCCUGCUUUGAACUGCUGCAAGCUCUGUGUGUGGUCUGGGGUCUCACAGGGAAGGCCCCAGAACCCAAGCACACUCACAGAGUGGCUGAAGAACCAAGAACUACCACACCACCAUGUACUCUUCUUGGACUGGGCCUUGGACAGUGGCCUUCCAGCCACUGUCUUUGUCAGUUGCUUGGUAGGACAGCCUUAUUGACUCUUUGGCCUUUCAUGGAAGAGAGCUAGCCGGGCAGCCCUGGAGAAGACUGCAAAUCCUCACACAGAGAAGCCACCUCAUGAAUAAGGUUUCCUGCAAACAGUUUCUGGGCUCUCAGCAGCCAUCUUACUCUCUCAGGCCUUGCCUCUCAGGGUUUGGGAGGCUGUUGGCUCAGGAGACAGACUUCUACUUCAUCUCCUAGUAGGAAGUUUCUUAAGCUUCACUUCUUCUCUCUCAUGGCUUAUAUAUUUCUUCUCUCACUCUCUGCCCUUUUAAUGAAAAUGUUUUGGCUAUAAAUAUAAAGUCCU